CGCUUGGAUUUCUAUGACGUAAAAACGGUGUGGUUGUUAUUGUCACCUUUGUUUGUGUUCGGCAUUUUAAUACAACUACACACCCACUAACAUGUCUGGCAGAGGAAAAACCGGAGGUAAAGCCAGGGCUAAGGCCAAGUCUCGCUCCUCUCGUGCUGGCCUGCAGUUCCCAGUAGGUCGAGUCCACAGGCUACUGCGUAAGGGCAAUUAUGCGGAAAGAGUCGGAGCCGGGGCUCCUGUGUAUCUGGCGGCUGUGUUGGAAUAUCUCACAGCCGAGAUUCUGGAGCUAGCAGGCAAUGCUGCCAGAGACAACAAGAAAACCAGGAUCAUCCCCAGGCAUCUUCAACUGGCCGUACGAAACGACGAGGAACUCAACAAGCUGCUGGGAGGUGUGACCAUUGCCCAAGGCGGUGUGCUUCCCAACAUCCAGGCUGUUCUCCUGCCUAAGAAGACUGAGAAGCCCGCAAAGAGCAAGUAAAGACUUUUCCGAGGCUCUGCUCCACUGGGGACACAGCUAAGGCUCUGCUUUUGUCAAAUUUUCAUAGUGUUACAGUGUUUUUGUUUGGAAUAAACAUUUUUUGACUAGGGGCGGUGUCUGAGUGAAAACACACUAGCUCCUCUUCGGGACUAUUCACGGAUUCUGUAUCCUCCGUGUUGCUGUGGAAAAUGGAGGUGCUCUCUGAAGGCUAAUGACGAAGGAGGCCUCGGAGAAGCCAGUUUCUUAACAUAGACCAAUUCUCAAGGGGUGGGAGGGGUGUUUUAUUUUCCCAAAGCUGCUACUAAACGUGUAACGUUGUUUUAUUGUCAUGUUUCAAUAAAUGUCCUGCAGCCUUUUGGCACAUGGAGAAUUCAG